AUGGCCAGUGCAUCUGCCGUCCAGCAAGUGGACGACCACAUUGCCGUCAAGAUCGAGCAGCUCGACCGCCAUGGAUACCUGUUUGGCCAGAAAAUCACACAUUCCCUGUCACCACUCCUGCACAGCACCAUCUACGAGGGCAUUGGCCUGAAAUGGGAGCAGAUGAGGCUCGACUCGGCCGACAUGCCGCUGUUCCUGGAACUCAUCAAGCACCCCAAGUUCUACGGCAGCUCCGUGACCAUGCCCAACAAGGUCGCCAUCAUCCCGCACCUCGACGAGCUGACGGACGAGUGCCGCGACGUCGGCGCCUGCAACACCCUCUUCGUCAGAGAACGCGACGGCAAGAGGAUAUACUGCGGCACCAACACGGACGUCAUUGGCGUCCGUGAGUCGUUUGUCCAGAACGUUGCCGACCCGGACGCCGUCUACCACAACAGGCCGGCCCUGGUCAUCGGCGGCGGAGGCGCCGCACGCAGCGCCGUCUACGCCCUGCGCAAGUGGAUGAAGGCGACGGACAUCUACCUCGUCAACCGCGACAAGAGCGAGGUCGACGCCGUCAUCGCCGAGUGCUCCGCGCGCGGGUACGGCGACAGGAUGCACCACGUCUCCACCGUCGAGGAAGCCCGGGAGCUCGACGCCCCCGGCGCCAUCGUCGCGUGCGUGCCCGACUUCCCUCCCAAGACCCCGGAGGAGAUCGUGGCGCGCGAGGUCAUCGUCGAGUUCCUGAACAAGGCUGCCAAGGGCGCCAUCUUGGAGAUGUGCUACAACCCCACGCCCUACACGGAAAUCGCCGCCCUGGCAGAGGAUGCUGGCUGGCAAGUCAUCUUGGGCACCGAGGCCAUGAUCUACCAAGGUCUGGAACAGGACCGUUACUGGACCGGCAGAGAAGUCGAUCAGUUGCCCGUGCAGCAGGUGAAGGAAGUGAUUGCGGCGAAGCUGUCGCAGCACUCAAAACUGUAG